AAUUAGACUUUCUUCACAUAUACAAUGUCGGCCUAUAACAAGCUUCUCGGUGCACUCAUCAUCCUCUCUGUGGUCUCCUACAUUUGCACUGUAAUAUUCAAUGUUAUUUCAGCUAUUGGAAAAGGGGGAUUAUUCGAUACAACAGCCAGUAAUGUUUCUGGUAAGUACCCUUUGGAUGUAACUCCUGCGGGCUGGACAUUUUCUAUUUGGUCCGUAAUUUACAUUUGGAAUGGACUUUGGAUUGUGUAUGCCCUCUCCACACUCUUCAGAAGAAGUAAAGAUGAAUAUAUUUAUGCAAAAUUAGGAAUCCACCCUCCUGAAUUUUUUACUAUGUGGAUACUGAACAAUUCAAUUAACAUUGGAUGGCUAUUCAUUUGGGACAAAGAGUAUCUUGUAUUUUCCAAUGUAUUCUUGGUCUUAAUUCCAAUCACGUGCUUUUUGAUGCUUCAAAUAUCAUGCAGUAGAUGCUACAGGCAUAGAAAAAUAUUGGCAGAAAAUUAUCGGGUAGACCUAUGGUGCACAAGAAUUUUGGUUCAUAAUGGAUUGGCAAUGUAUGCUACAUGGACUUCAAUUGCUACUAUUAUUAAUUUUGGAAUGGUGUUAAAAUAUUAUGUCCCUAUAAGAGACCCUGGGGUCAGCAGUAUGGUUCUUUGCCUGGUUUUCUUUGCCCUGGUAUUCUGGUUCUUGAUGGAAACAUUUGUUUUUGAAAAAUAUGUACGAUACAUCUUUACAAUUUACCCUGUGGCAAUUGUUGCUUCUGUCGGUGUCUAUUUUGGAAAAGAAACUUCAUCAACGGCUGAAACCGAUAUAUUAAAAGUUCUCCUUAUUGCUGCGAGUUGCAUUGCGUGCUUCCUGCGAUUCACUCUGUUUUUCUCUUGUGUCAAACUACGGCCCUUGUUCAAAGAAGCAAAAUUUGAUCAUCAAAAGACCAAAGGAGAAAUGAAAACUUUUGAUAUACAAACUGCACAAAUUAAUGGUCACACCAACCCAAUCCCACUAGAAGUGAUUGAAUCCUUUUGAUACAGUAUUGGUUUUAUUUAUUUGUUUUAGUAUGAUAGGAUGUAAAUAAAUCCUACUAAUUUCUGGACUGAGAGUGCUCUCUAAUGCCCCAGUAGGAAUAUGGAAAGGAAGAUAUCCAGGGUCCCGCCCCCCUGGUAUACUCAUUAUAUGAUUACUGAAUAGUCAAAUUAUUUCACAAUCUUAGUUCAUUAAUUAAAUGAUACAAAAGUAAAUACCACACAAAGGCAUUAUUAAUGACCAUUUCUGAAUCAAGGUCAGUUAGUGCAUCAAGCAGAACAUCUGCCACGAUCUUAAUAUGACUUGUAAAUGUAUUGACUAUUUUACAUUGUCUCUUAUUAAGGUAUCUCUUUUUUGCUGCAAUAUCACAUGUUAAAAUUAGCUCAAUGUUUUUUAAAUAUGGUAUAUUAAAAAAAAUACCUUUAUGACACUCUUCUGAAUGUUUAAGCUGUCUGCAUCACAUGUGUUCUAACCAAUUGUGUUCACAAAUUGUACGAUGGCCCAAGAUUGGGUCCAUGCCAUGAGUUAAGAAACACUGGCUUAAGCAAUAAAAAUAAAUGACUAUUUUGUCAUAGCCUUUCUGAGCCUUCAGAUCGAGGGAACAUAACAUCCAUAAUAUA